GGAGACUGCAAUCGAAAACCGAGUGUUACAAUCGAGCGAAAAUAAGUGUGGUGUAAUUGAAAAUUGUAUAAUAAAAUAACAAUUAGAAAUUAACCUUCAACCCAGUCAAUCGAUUUAUUAAUUAUAUCUUUAUUAUAUUAAGGUUUCUAAUUACAAACGGCUGUGGAAUUGCGAUGCAAUAGAAAUCAGUUGCCAGCGCAGCGUGGUUAGGAAUCAUAUGCGUAUUCCUUUAUGCACAGUGCAUACAUACGUGAAGAGUUCAAGAUGUUCGCCCUAGUGCUAGUUUUAAUACCAAUUGUUGUUUACCUGUACUUAAAGUGGAAUUAUAGUUACUGGAAACGAAUAGGUCUCGAGUACAUAGAACCCCAUUUAAUAUACGGCAAUACGAAGGAAUUCGUGAAAAAGGAACUUUCGUUCGGGGAUCAGUUUGCUAAGUUGUACAAGGAGUUCAAGUCGAGAGGCUUGAAACAUGGCGGAGUGUUUAUGCUGCAACGUCCCGUUUACAUACCGGUGGAUUUGGAUAUUGUGAAGAACAUCCUUCAAAGAGACUUCAAUCACUUCAUGAAUCACGGGAUGUUCUUUAACGAAGAGGUGGAUCCUUUAUCGGGACACCUCUUUAAUCUCGAGGACGAAAAAUGGAGAAAGUUACGAGCGAAAUUAACACCGACUUUUACCUCAGGCAAAAUGAAAAUGAUGUUUUCCACGAUGGUAGAAUGCACGGAAGCUUUCCAACAAAUUUUACAAAACUACGCUAACUUAAACGAUGCCGUCGACAUCAAAGAUAUAGCAUCAAGAUUUACAACAGACGUAAUUGGUUCCGUUGCUUUUGGCAUUGAUUGUAAUAGUUUGACAAAUCCUAAAUCGGAAUUCAGGCAAUUUGCUAACAAAAUCUUCGAACAAACCACAAUCAGACGAUUUAGAAACAUUUUAGCAUCGGUAAUUCCCAGACGUGUUCUCAUAGCUUUGAAAUUCAAGCAAACGAAUCCUGAAGUGGAAGAUUUCUUCAUGGGCGUAAUAGAAGGCACAGUGAAAUAUCGAGAAGAAAAUAACCUGUUUAGGAAAGAUUUCAUGCAUUUACUGUUGCAGUUGAAAAAUAGAGGAGAAGUCGCCGAUGACGAUCGUGUUAUCGUUGAUGAGAAAAAUAACUCGCAUUUUCUUACGCUAAACGAAAUAGCCGCGCAAUGUUUCGUAUUUUUUAUAGCCGGUUUCGAAACGUCUGCUACCACUAUGACCUUCGCCCUGCUGGAAAUGGCAUUGAAUCCGGAUAUUCAAAAGAUGCUAAGAGAGGAAAUUGAAACCGUUUUGGCAAAACAUGACGGCGUUGUCAGUUACGAGGCUGUGAUGGAAAUGAAUUACUUGGACAAAAUUGUUCAUGAAACAUUAAGAAAACACCCGCCUAUACCUGGUGCUCCACGUGUAUGUAACAAAACCUAUGAAAUACCAAACACUAACAUCACCUUAGAGUCUGGAACCAGAGUACACAUUCCGUUUCACGCCAUUCACAAAGAUCCAGAUCAUUACCCCGAUCCAGAAAAAUUCGAUCCGGAGAGAUUUAAUGAAGAAAAUAAGGCAAAAAGGCAUCCGUUCGCGUUCAUACCCUUCGGAGAAGGACCAAGGAUAUGCAUAGGUGCGAGAUUUGGUUUACUUCAAGCAAAAGUCGGUUUAAUAUCGGUAAUAAGAAACUUCGAGGUGACGUUAAAUAAGAAAACAAUCCGGCCAAUUCGAUAUACAACUAAAGCUUUCGUUACUGCUAUAGAAGGUGGUGUUUGGUUGAAUGUGUCUAAGAUAGAAAAAAACUAAGUUUAUUAUUACAAAAAAUGUUGUUAAAAAUAUUCAGUAUUUUUAGUAAUAUAUGUUCGUAAUUUUGGUAGAA